UGAUGGCAAUGCAGUAUUACACUUUACUUCUGGGCAGAGAUAACAGAAUUUACAACUGCAUAGAUUGCAAACACACCAAUUGCUUUGUCAGAAAAACUAAUUCGUAGUUUCCAGUCAAUUGACAGAUGUGGAAUGUAGUAUACUGAAACGUCCAGAAUAGGAAAAUUAUAUAAAAGAACUAUUUAUGUGGAAAGACUUUAGGUUAUACAGUUUGUUCACUGUCCUCAAACUGCUUUUUUAACUGCUGGACACUAUUGUUUUGACACAAUUAACAAAAUGGACCAAGGAGUGGAUAAUCCUGCAUUCAUCACUGAUGACACCCGCAAUGUAGGACAAAACUCAAAACAAGAAAAUAUUGCAACAGUGGAAAUAUCGAAGCAAGAGAUUGAGGAAGGGCCAUGUGGCUGGGGAAGAUUUACACCAAGUUGGAUUCAGCACUGCAACAAUCCAAAAGGAUACUUGGUCUUUUACAGUCUGCUAGGUGUCAUUCAAGGUACUUUAGUGAAUGGUCUGGUGAACAUCAUCAUAACUACAAUUGAGAAACGAUAUGACUUGAACAGUUUCACAACAGGACUGAUUUCUACAGGCUACGAUAUGUCCUUCUGUGUUUUAUGCCUUUUUGUCUCUUACUAUGGACAAAAGGGGCACAAGCCACGAUGGCUGGCUUUCUCAUCUUUUAUGCUGGGAUUGGGAUCCCUUGUGUUUUGUCUUCCUCAUUUCACCAGUGACCUGUAUAAUUAUGGUGCACAAAUAAGAGAUACUUGUGCAACCCUUCACAGUAAUGCCAGCAGAUUAACUUGCGACCCCUCCACGGCAUCUAAGUCCUCCAAUUUUCUAUUUGUGUUUCUUCUGGGUCAACUGCUACAUGGGGUGGGAGGAACCCCUUUGUACACACUGGGAACGGCCCACAUUGAUGACUCUGUCUCUACUGAAAAAAGUUCCCUUUAUAUUGGCAUUGGAACGGGUAUGUCAGUUCUGGGCCCUGCAUUUGGAUAUAUCUUAGGUGGUCAGUUGCUGGACAUUUACAUUGAUGUCAAUAGAAUUUCCAAAGUUCCUUUGAUGCCAGAUGACCCUCGAUGGCUUGGUGCUUGGUGGAUUGGGUUUCUUCUCUGCUGGAUAUUGGCAUGGUGCCUAGUUCUACCUCUGACUUGUUUCCCAAAGCACUUACCAGGUACCACAAAAAUCAAACUUGAAAAGAUUUCUCAGGCCCACAGUGGUGAAGCUUCAAAAGCCUUCGCACAGGCUAAUUUUGGACACAGCUUUAAGGAUUUCUUUGCAGUACUACAGAUGUUGUUGAAGAACCCUGUUUUCAUGUCCUUAGUUAUAGCAGGCACGACUGAAGCAAUGGUCAUCACUGGAUUUGUCACAUUUAUGCCAAAAUUCAUUGAAAAUCAAUUUGGCCUAACUGCGAGCCUAGCAGCAAUUCUGGGAGGAGCAGUACUUAUCCCCGGAGCUUUUAUUGGUCAAAUUAUUGGUGGGCUCAUCAUUACCAAACUGAAACUUCAGUGUCGAAAUGUGAUAAGAAUGAGUGCAGCCACAUGCAUAUUAUCACUGCUUUGUGCUUUAGUUUUUGUUUUUGCUCAAUGUUCGAAUCAGCCAUUUGCUGGAGCCAACCAGGACUAUAAUUUAAACAGCACUGCAGAAAAUAUCGAUUUGGUGGCACCUUGCAAUAAGGACUGUAAUUGCAUUCGUUCUUACUUCAAUCCUGUAUGUGGUGCAAAUCAUGUCCAGUACUUUUCUGCUUGCUAUGCAGGUUGUUCAAAUGCAUCAAUAACAGAUGGCAUUCUGGUUUAUCCAAACUGUUCAUGUAUCCAGCAAGAUGGAAGUACUUUUGCUGCACAAGAAGGAAAAUGUGGCUCUUCAUGUGACAAGAUGCCUUUAUUUAUGGGAUUUUUUCUGGCUGCUGUCAUUUUCACAUUCAUGACCAGCACACCAAUUACAACAUCUGUUCUCAGGUGUGUUCCUGAUAACCAACGCUCAUUUUCAUUGGGCAUUCAGUGGCUUUUUGUAAGGAUCCUAGGCACUAUUCCAGGACCAAUUCUGUUUGGUACAGUGAUUGAUAUGUCUUGCAUCCUGUGGAAUAAGAAUGAGUGUGGUGUUCAAGGUGCAUGCUGGACAUAUGAUAACCCAAAAAUGGCCCAUUUAAUUACAGCCAUUGGCACAGUUGCCAAAGUGAUCUCGAUUGUUGCACUUGCUACAGCUUCUUUUCUGUAUAGACCACCAAAGAUUACUGAAGGUAUAGAAAAAACAGCUGAUCAGCCAUUGCAACGGUGGAAAUUCUGGGCCAAGACCAAGUCUUAACUGUGGCUUGGGAAUAUUGUGUUUACCAACCAUUAAAGCAGUGCAAUAACAUACCGAGGAACAAAAAUAAAUACAUUUUAUAUAUACUUUUCUUUGCUAAAUAUGACAAUGAUUGGAAAUUUCUGUCUUGGAUGACUUCCACUUUAAAAUGUAUGUCUAUCAUAUAAAGCAAUUGGAUUGAUUUUGAUGUAAAUUUGCUCUAUUAUUCAGGUCUGAUCAGAGUUCACCUUUUUCUAAACCGUUUCAUUAUUAUGAAUUUUUGGUAAACACAACAACUGGUGGAAAUUGAUUUGAAAAAGAUGUCUAUUACCAUUAUAUGAAAACAUGUGAAAUAGACAAACUGCUUUAGUAGAUAUUGGAGGUGCCCUAUCUAUAAUGUAGUGUUCUUGAUGUUUCAUGAGCGAAGUAAAUGAUAUCUAGCCUUUAUUUUGGCAUAUUCCAAAAGUAGUAAUUAACUAAAUGUGUAUGCUAAAUAAAUUAACAAUGAAAUACUUUAGGAAUCCUUUAACAAAUUGAUAAUAUAGAACUAAAUAUAGAAAUAACAUGUAUAAUAAAUGUAAGUGCCCCUGAAUUUCUGCCUCAGACUUGACUUCUAUUUCUGCUAUAAUUCAUGAUUGUUUCCUGAAGCCCUUUUUGAAACCACAUUAAUUAAUUCACUCCUGCAGCCAAAAUACUUCUAUAACUCAGGUCUGGUGCCAUUUAAUAACCACUUAUAGGGCUUCCUUACCUCAUCUUUGCUCAUGUUCAUUUGUUUCUUCAUGUCCUAGCCUUCCACAUAGUUAUCUUGAGAAUAUUUUCCUUUCUGUGGCCAAACAGAAUAAAACAGUCCCAAAUUAGAAUGUCAAGCUUUUCAACUGGCUUAUAGUAGGGACAUUAUACUUUUCAUUAAGAUCCCUGGAUUGUGAAAGAGGGGAAAACCCACUCAUAACCUUAAACCCUAUCCUUGUCAACUUGUGUGGUGCUUGUUGAAAGAUUACUGCCACUUUGAAAAUCAUUGGCGAUGGUAUUGGCGACCAGCCUUUCUUCUGAAGCUGUACCUGGUAUGAGCUGUAUCCAACAUAAAAAAGGGAAUUAAAAAUAACAAAAAUAAGAAGAUAUAAGGAGAAAUGUUUAAAUCUGAAUGACCACUAGGAACGUUGGGCUGCUCUUCAGGUUUAAAGUACCCAUGGUUUGAACUUCUAGUCCCAGGUUAUUUGCUUGUGGACAAAAACUAACAUCUGUCAAGCAAUUUUAAGCUGGAAAGGAGGUAUAACUGGGGAAAAGCUGCCCCUUGUGUUCCCACUCACAUCACCAAAUAACUACAGAAGACCAAAAGCAAAGAACUGUCGAUGCUGGAAAUCUGGAACAGAAACAGAAAUUGCUGGAGAAACCCAGCAUGACUGGCAGCAUCUGUGGAGAGAAAGCAGAGUCAAUUUUUCGGAUCCAGUAACCCUUCUACAGAACUGACUGUGGACAGAAAAUGCUUGUAUAUAUCCCGAAGAUGGUUGGGGAGGGGGCAGAAAGGGUAAACAUUAGUUCUUUGAUUUCUCUCCACAGAUGCUGCCAGAAAUGCUGAGUUUCUCCAGCAAUUUCUUGUUUUAGAUUUUGGUAGCCACUGAAGACUGAUAUUAGUGGAAGGCUUGGGAGGAAAUCAGCUUCUGAUCAUCUUAGUUAUAGUUAGCUCAGAACUUGGAAGACCAAAAUUAAAAGAGCCUAAAUUAUUAUUAAACAUAAGGAUAUUCCAACAUUGGCAGUUUCCCUUCACUGAGAAGAACAAUUUGUUUCAUCCCAUGAGAAAUGAACAGAGUCCAAUCUCAACCCAAUAGCUCUUAAUUGAAAGCUUACCUGUACCAGGCCGAAAUGAUCAUUACAGCCAUUUUCUCGUGCACAUAUUGAUACACAACUAUGCAACCAUCAAACGUGCAACCAUUUGUUCUUCUGGAUCUGGUCAUGACACUGUUUUCGCAAUUCCAUAUUAAACCUCUCCAUAGUAUUGUCUGUUUAGAUUAACUAGUUAAAAAGAAAAGGGAAUGUCCAAGGCAACAUCCCAAACACUCUAAUGCCCAAGUGUUCUAAGCAAAAUCUUUGAAAAGCCACAAUUUGUCCCCGUUUAGGUGUUGGUUAUUUCUGUUUCCACUUCAUGUAUCUUGAAUCAAUAAAAAAAAUGUAUAUUAUUGUAAAUAUAAUUAUUCUGGUAAAAUGUAAAUGAAAGACUUUUG